AACUUCUUUUUUUCUUUUCCACUAUAAAUGGGAUAUCAUUUAAGAAGGAUCAUUAGCUGAGAGCAGCCCAGCUGGGUCAAGGCUGGGAGGCGGGGACACAGUUGCAAGCAGUGAAGCAAGGUGGAGGCACAAAGACAGGAGACCAGGUUAAUGAAAGCAUGAGGUGGCUCUUGGGCAGCAGCUGGAGGAAAUUUGGACAUGCUGACAGGGGAAACUAUGACUGGCUAAACAGUGAACCAGGUGGACCGCUUCCGGAAACAGAGCUUCAGAGCAGUCAACAGACAAGCUCAACCAAAGACGACAUAGAACCAUUUCUGUGCAUCAUAUUGCCUGCCACCAUGAUGCUCUUCCUGGCAUUCCUGCUGCUCUUCCUGUACCGCCGCUGCCAGCGCCCCACUCCGCAGGGGCAGAUCUUCAGCAUCGACCUCCCCGAGGCCCUGCCUGAGCAUGAUGUGUCCAAUUUCCUUUCUGUGCUGCCCUGGAACAGCGAACAGAGCUUUCACUACUCCACUCUGCUCCCCGAUGCCACAUUCCUCACUGUGUGUUUGCCUCCAUCCUACGAGGAGGCCACCAUGAAGACUUCCAUGGAUGAGGCUCACACUGAGCUCUCUCCAGACCCAGUGCCUCCUUACGAAGAGAGCACGCUGCAGUCCAACAGCGCCAAAUAAACUUCCUACGGAAGCACCUUAGCUGAAGCAUGCAGCCACUGAAGGCACAAACACAGAACUGCUAUGGCCUUUAAAAUUUGCAAGAAGAUUCCAAACAAGGCGCCAAACGAGUGAACUAAUGAAAGAAGAAACUUGGAGUAACAGGGAAUGGGCCUCUUCGCCUCACUCUAAGAUUUUCUACUUUCCAUUUGUUGCAAGCGUAUACACACAGCACAGCACCAAAUCAGUCCCAGACUGGUAACAAGGGUAUUCCAGUUAAAAAAGCAUGUCCCACAAGCAUUAAACUUAAGGAAGGGUGGAAAUCCGUCCCUCUGCAAUCCCCCAGCUACAAGGAAACAUGAAUUAUGCUAUAGAUUCACCAGUCACAAAAAGGGCUUUUAGCAUAUUUCCAGUUUGGAUUCUUCUUUUUUAUGCGUUUAUUUUUAAUUGAAUUCCUGGCAAUUCUUACUAUUUCUGAUUCACUCCAUCUGUGUGUGCUAACAUCGCAUCAUUCUGCAGUGCUUGGAAUGAUCACAACAGCUCUCAGGAAAGCAGACAAGCAUGUAACCUCCACAAAAUUUCCAGCAAUCGUCCCCAAAGGCUCAAACACAACCUGUGGAUAAAGGCUGUCUUAUCACAGCUGAACAACGAGGACAACCAAAGACCUGGUCAUUCUGGGUGAGGAAGACUCCAGAGCACACAAGAGCACACUCACGCUGUCGCUCCAAGCUACUAAGGUCCACAAGGUCCCAAUGUUCCAGGUUGCUGGCUUGACUUCUUUUCCAAUUUACAAGUCUACUACAAUAAACCCUGUGGCCUAUUUGGUGCAACGUGAGAAGGAUUUGGGGAAAAAUAAAUAAAAUCAAAUGCACACACACAAAAAUCUGGUCUGUAUUUCAAAACAGCAUUAUACUCCCUUCCCCUUCACCACUAGGGCAAAGUAAGUCGCAUUCGAGUGCAUUGGUGGCCGUGAUUCAGUUUCAGGAGGGCUUGCACAUGCAUACUUUCAGACAAUGAUGUAUGUUACUUUUAAUUCUUUCUUACAGGAUAACAUUUUCAUUAUGUUGAUAAAUGCUCUUGUGAUAGAAGGUAGCUACUACGGAUCCUGACAGCCUCAAAAGUUACAACAGCUUCUUCCUUGCAGGUGUCAGCUAUUCCAUGACACUGCAUUUGUCUGUGACCUGCCAACAUAACAACUACUACAUAUUAUUGUGUGCAGUCAUUGUGUAACUCUUAAACCCAGAGGCUGCCCUGACUUACACGUUGUGAUUCCAGCAAUUGUCAUGAGGUGUCAGUAUCAGCCAGUUCUGCUUUGUGAAUGUACCACAUCCCUUUAAAAACAAAACAAACAAAAUCCAAACCAAACCAAACCCCAAACAAAAACCCCACGAUAACGGAAGAAGGAUUCAUCACUGCACUGCAGAAGACAGACAGACAACUUUUGAGCUGCAAGUAGUACAACUUCAUAUUAUGUCAACAAUGGCACAAAUCACAUCACCACAGUAACCAAGAGUAGUUCAGAUCAAAACUGAUGAUUCUGCUCAUACAGUUCACUUAGAAGGAAAAAAAAUCUGCCUUUUGUAAUUCAGAAAUGAGAUUAUUUUCUUGAACUACACUUCUGAAAUCAUUACCUUUUCUAACAUUCCCUUUUUGUUACCAGCAGAUGUUUUAGACAAAUCCGAAUUCAGCCACCCAUUUUUCUCUUCUGACCAUGUCUGGAUGAGUUCCUGGUAUUCGCUGAUGCAUUUGAAAGUACUGUAUUUUACUGUCUUCUUGCAUUUUGUUUACCUCCUUAAUAUUUGGUACAUGGAGUUUUUGCCACCUAAAAGGAAAGCUGCAAAAAUACAAGAGCCCCAAACAACAUAUGCUACCUAAUCAGCAAGGUACAAAGGUUUCAAGUUCACAGAUAAAUCACUUCUGCCUUUGGUGUCUGUAUAUUCCACUAAUUUCAGCAGAAUUGUACAGAUAUGCUUGAAAAUUCAGCCUUUGUCAUAUCAAAUUGUGUGUAUUUUGCCUUAAAGAGAUCUGCUUUGUUCUGGAAUGUGUUACACUGUUCUUCAACACAAUUUCUUGUCUACCCUUAA